CAAUCCUCAACUGCUUCAUUCCUCUGCCUAAAUUCCCCCGAAAUAAAAACAAAAAAACCGUCAAAAUGGUCAAGGCUGUGAGCGUUCUUCGCGGUGACUCCAAGGUCUCCGGUACCGUCGUCUUCGAGCAGGAGUCUGAGUCUGCUCCCACUACCAUCACCUGGGACAUCACCGGUAACGACCCCAACGCCAAGCGAGGAUUCCACAUCCACACCUUCGGUGACAACACCAACGGCUGCACUUCUGCUGGCCCUCACUUCAACCCUCAUAACAAGACCCACGGUGCUCCUUCUGACGAGACCCGUCACGUUGGUGAUCUCGGAAACGUUGAGACUGACGGCCAGGGCAAUGCCAAGGGUUCCGUCACUGAUUCUCUUAUCAAGCUGAUUGGCCCUCACAGCGUCAUUGGCCGAACCGUUGUCAUCCACGCUGGUACCGACGAUCUUGGCAAGGGUGACGGCGAGGAGUCUCUCAAGACUGGUAACGCUGGUCCCCGACCUGCUUGUGGUGUUAUUGGUAUCUCCAACUAAGCAAUUCUGAACUGAAUUGAACAAAGGAAAAAUGCUAUUGCUUACUUAGUGGCUUUUGUUUAGCAAAUCCCAGCCACGAGUAAUGAUGUGUCUCAUGAUAUUCGAUAGCAACAAUCAAUCCAAUUUAAGUGAUUACAGAAUCUAGAUCCUGUUUCUUUUUUGUUUUUUAAUUGAGUGUGUAGCAUCUAUUUCAUCAGAUACUAGUCUACUAUAAUGUAAAGCAGCACGCCAUUAUCAGUGUUGAUGUGGACAUACUC